AUUGACAGACAGUGACGUCUAUUUGGGCGGUGACAGACAGAAUCCGCAGUCAAUAGGAAGAGCUGAGGAAUUCUUUAGGUCUCCCAAGAAGCCAGAGCCACUGCCCUGCCCCCAGGAGACUGAAGACAUGGCACCCAAGAAGGCCAAGAGAAGGGCAGCAGCAGAGGGCGGAAGCUCCAAUGUCUUCUCAAUGUUUGACCAGACUCAGAUCCAGGAGUUCAAGGAGGCCUUCACAGUAAUCGACCAGAACCGCGAUGGCAUUAUUGACAAGGAAGAUCUGCGGGACACCUUUGCAGCCAUGGGACGCCUCAAUGUGAAGAAUGAGGAGUUAGAUGCCAUGAUGAAGGAAGCCAGUGGUCCCAUCAACUUCACUGUCUUCCUGACCAUGUUUGGGGAGAAGCUCAAAGGUGCCGACCCUGAGGACGUAAUCACUGGAGCCUUCAAGGUCUUAGACCCUGAAGGGAAGGGCACCAUCAAGAAGCAGUUCUUGGAGGAGCUGCUUACCACACAGUGUGACCGCUUCUCCCAGGAAGAGAUCAAGAAUAUGUGGGCGGCUUUCCCUCCCGAUGUGGGCGGCAAUGUAGACUACAAGAACAUUUGCUACGUCAUCACGCAUGGUGACGCCAAGGACCAGGAGUAGGAGACCCUUUUUAGGCCUCCGCUGACCAACGCCUUCCUGUCAGUCCGACCUCCACCCGACUCCUAAUAAAAUUGAACUGGUCUUUGUUUCUUA